AUGGCGGCUUUAGCACGUUUCUUGCCAAUGGCGGGAGACAAAGCGGCUUCAUUCUUCACUUGUUUAAAAAAGAAUUCCAAGUUUCAAUGGACAGAGGAAUGCGAGCAAGCUUUUUCCAAGUUGAAAGAAUCAUUAGCAACGUUGCCGGUGCUAUCCAAACCCACGCCAGGCGUUCCUUUGAUGCUCUACCUGGCAGUCACGGAUAGGGCGGUCAGCACGGUGUUGCUUCAGGAAGAAGGAAAGAAGCAGAAGAUUAUAUAUUUUGUGAGUCAUACCCUGCAAGGUGCUGAAUUGCGAUACCAGAAAAUUGAGAAGGCGGCCUUGGCAAUUCUGAAGACAGCAAGGCGCCUUAGGCCAUAUUUUCAGAGUUUAUCAAUCAAAGUUAAAACUGAUGUUCCUUUAAGACAGGUACUCCAAAAGCCCGACUUGUCUGGGCGGUUAGUCAGCUGGUCAGUCGAGUUGUCUGAGUAUGAUAUACAGUAUGAACCAAGGGGACAAGUUACAAUCCAAAGCUUGAUCGACUUUGUUGCGGAAUUAACACCCACGGAAGGCGAGAAAACCCAAGGCGAGUGGAUCAUGUCUGUUGAUGGAUCCUCAAACAACACCGGAAGUGGGGCUGGAAUAACUAUUGAAAGCCCAGAUAAGAUGGUCAUUGAACAAUCUUUGAAAUUCGAGUUCAAGGUAAAUGGCGAGUAUCAAGUCAAGGACCCGCAACUUUCAAAGUACCUGGAAGUGGUGCGUAGAUUAAUGAUGGAGAUAGGGAAGAUCAGAAUAGAGCACGUUCCAAGAAGUCAAAACGAAAGGGCUGAUGUGCUAGCAAAGUUGGCUAGCACGGGGCGGUUGGGCAAUUAUCAAACAGUCAUUCAGGAAACUCUCCCUCGCCCCAGUAUUGACUUGGUGGAAGUGAAGUUAAAGUCAGUGAAGUCAGUUAUCGAAGGCGAGCCUUCGUGGAUGGAGCCAAUCAAGAUUUUCCUGGAAAAUCCUUCAAAGGACGACGAUUUGAACUCGAGAGCAAAACGUAGGGAGGCCAGUUUUUAUACACUGGUAGAUGGCGAGUUAUAUCGGCGGGGAAUUAUGUCUCCUAUGCUCAAGUGUGUUGACACUAAGGAUGCCCCUGGGAUAAUGGCGGAAGUCCAUGAAGGAGUGUGCUCCAGUCAUAUCGGUGGGCGAUCAUUAGCAGUAAAGUGCAAAUCGUAUCAAGGUAUACAAUACCGUGAAUAA